AUGAUCAACACCGUCGCCGAGCUUGAGCCCAAUGCAAUCAGGGCACCAAUGCAGGGUCGCGAAAAUGGUGACAACAUUCCACCCCUCUACCCUGUUGGCCCCCUCGUGAAGAUGGUCGAUGAAAGCGAGAAAGAGGAGAUCGGUCAAGAUAAUUGCUUGAAAUGGUUGGACCAGCAGCCACGAGGCUCUGUUUUGUUCGUGUGCUUGGGGAGUGGGGGAACAUUGAUGCAGAAGCAGUUAACAGAGCUCGCUUGGGGGCUAGAACGGAGCGGGCAUCGAUUCCUCUGGGUGGCGAGGAAGCCGUACAGCGUCGCCGAUGCUGCCUUCUUCGGCACGGCGAGAAACAAAGAGGACGACGUAACGAGCUUUCUUCCAGAAGGGUUCGUGAAGAGGACGGCGGACGUGGGGAUGGUGCUGCCGGAAUGGGCGCCGCAGGUGAAGGUGUUGAGCCAUGAAGCCAUUGGAGGGUUCCUCUCACACUGUGGCUGGAACUCGACACUGGAGAGCAUCGCACGCGGGGUGCCCAUGAUCGCGUGGCCGCUGUAUGCAGAGCAGAGAAUGAACUCACGGAUGUUGGUGGAGGAGAUGGGAGUAGCAGUGGGUGUGAGUUAUGAGAAGGGGCUGGUGCUGAGAGAGGAGGUGGGUCAGGCGGUGAGGGUGCUGAUGGAUGGGGAGGUGGGGGAGAAGCUAAGGAAGAGAGCAAGUGAGCUGAGCAAGGUGGUGGCUAAGGCACUUGCGGGAAAGGGCUUGUCUCACCAGCGCAUCGCCCAGCUUGUGGACAGUUGGUCCAAAGGAAAAGUAGCGAAUGUUUAG